AUGGCACCGACACCUGUAGCAACACAACCUGUCAACGUGAAGCUUCUGCUCAUUGGCAACUCAUCAGUUGGAAAGUCAAGUCUGCUAUUACGGUUCUCUGACGAGCAAUGGUUACCGGAGGACGAGAGCAGCGCGACGAUAGGUGUGGACUUUCGAGUACAUAAGAUGGAGAUCAAUGGGAAGAAGGUCAAGUUGAGCAUUUGGGAUACAGCAGGGCAGGAACGUUUCCGGACCAUCACGUCCUCGUACUACCGUGGUGCACAGGGGAUUAUCCUAGUGUAUGACGUCGCCAACCGGGAAUCGUUCGAGGCGCUCCCGCGGUGGUACAGUGAACUAGAGACCUACGUGUCAAGCUCGGUGGUGAAGAUCCUGGUUGGGAACAAGGUUGACAAAGAAUUCUCAAGGCAGGUGCCAACAGCUGAAGGAGAGAAGUUCGCUUCGCGAAUGUCGUCCUUGUUCAUCGAGACUUCGGCGAAGACUGCUGUCGGUGUAAAGGACGCCUUCCAGGAGGUCGUCGAGAAGAUCCUGGCCACACCGGAACUCUGGGAAUCCGCGAACAGCCGGGCACAGGCGACGGGUGGUGGCGGUGGUGGCAUGCCCGGCGGUGUCCAGAUUGUUGGAUUGCGAGAAGAGCCGAGGCAGGAGGGAGGAUGCGGGUGUUGA